UUGAUAUAUCAACAAACCGAAUUAAAUCGUCGAGGAGCAGCUGAGCGGAUUGUUUACAAACGGAAAACGGAUAAGGCAUAACGCGGAAGUAACUAAACUAAUUGGCGGCCCGGAAAUGGGAAAUGCGAGCGGAAAACGGGAUACGGAUAAUCUCUUCACGUCGGAGGAGCUACGCAUGCUGGAAUCGGCCUACAAGAAUGCAUCUGGCGGAGCCCUGGAAAAACUGACCCAAGACAGAUUGGUGGAAACUUGGUCGCAAACCAUUGAACGAUCACUGGCCGAGAGCACAGCUCAAUUUUUGUUUACACCGACAAAGCCGGGACAGUCAUGUAUCAACAUACCCCUGCGGAAAUUUGGAGAGCCCUUCUAUAUCAUGGAGCGCGGCACCAUCGACCAGAAGCUUCAAAUGCUUCUCUCCUCGCUCCAGAGAUCCGGAAACGACACCUUUAAUAUCAAGCAAUUGGAGCAGUACAUCUAUUCGGUGAUCAAAAGCUAUGUGCAUUUGGAAAGCACUUCAAAGGGUUCAUGCAUCAAGGACUGGCAGGAUUUGGGCUUCAACACCACGGAACGAUCGACCUGCACCUUUGCCAAGGGUCUGAUGCGUAAUCUCGGCAAGGAACUGGAGCACAGUAUGCCCAAUGAGGCACUGGAACGAUGGCUUCACAUUACGCCGCAGUUUCUCCAAAUUUGGCGAGAAGUGUUUAGUCAGUUGUAUUCCCGUCAUGGCGGUAGCAAGCGGAACAUUAUCAAGGAAAUGGAAAUACCCAUAUUACCAGAGCUGUGUGAUGCCCCUCAGAAUAGUCACUAUCGCCCAAUCAUCGAACUGCCACAUGUCGUCUACAUCAACGCUCAACUGCCCCGGGAGUUGCGUCACAAGUGGCGCUUCCUCUUCUCAUCGAAGAUCAAUGGCGAAAGCUUUUCCACAAUGCUGGGCAAAGUAAUGGACAAAGGACCAACGCUGUUCUUUAUCGAGGACGAGGAUCAAUACAUUUUCGGUGGCUAUGCGUCGGAAUCCUGGUCAUUGAAGCCCCAAUUCGGAGGCGAUGACAGUUCAUUGCUCUACACUCUGAGUCCGGCAAUGAGGUGUUUUACGGCCACAGGUUAUAACGAUCACUAUCAGUAUUUGAAUUUGAAUCAGCAGACGAUGCCGAAUGGCCUGGGAAUGGGCGGUCAGUUUGAAUUCUGGGGCCUCUGGGUUGAUUGUAUGUUUGGGGAUGGACAGAGUGUUGAAAGCUGCACCACAUAUCGGGAUUAUGUGCAGCUAAGCAAACGCAAGCAGUUUAAGAUCCGUAACAUGGAGGUCUGGGCCGUGGGUGACUUACCGGUUAAAGAUGAGGAUGAAGAAGGGGCAGGUGAUCAGAAACGCUCUGUCUUGGACAGCAAUUUGGAAGAUCGCGCCAUGCUCGAAAUAGCUGGCAAGAAAAUGCAUUCGGAUGGCUUACGUGAACCCGGCAUGGAUGAUUGAUAUUAUAUGAAACUAAUGAGAUCCGUAACUUGGUUUUAUCGUAUUCAAGAAUUUAUAAAAUCAUGCCCGGUUUGGGUGUGCAGCUAAUGAUUCAAUUAUAUUUCCUUUUUUGCCUUAUCGCGCUCCCUAUGAAAUCACAAACACAUGCAAAAGUCCUGUGAACAAAGUAUAGUAUUUGUUCAAUCCAUUCCUAUCAACGUUUUUGUUAAGCUAUUAAUGUUUAUAUAUAUAUACAAUGUAUAAUGGAUAUAGUUUAUGUAAUACUGAGAGUAUUGUUGUUGCGUUUUAGAUCAUAAAAGUCGAAAAAGUGAAAUCAUUUCAAAAACUAUACUAUAACAAUGAAGCUAAUAAGCAAAAGUAAUAAGCAAUGUUAAAUCGUCGAAUUUUCCCCUUUUUAUCCAGCGUCAAUAAAAUGCAAAAUAUUUGCUGAAUUCUAAUUUA